AUGGCCGCAGACCUUUCCCAAAACUUGACAGACGUGCAUGUACGCUCUUUACUUGAUCAAGCUUAUGAUGAGCUUGGACUUGAAGCCCUCACACUACAGUCAUGUGACGGGGAUUGGCCCCAGUUCCUCGCUCAACGAUUACAGCAUCUCCUCGAAAAGCAGCCACAAGCUGCGAGUAUAGACCACGAGUUCUUAUCCCUUGCCACUUUUGCAUUUAGUUGUUUCCUCCAGGCAAAUGUCUCGGGACCCCCGUUGUCCUACAACUCGGCUGAUGGGAUCCUUCCAAGCUCUCUCUUCGAAGGGACUAACACCACCGUUGAACGACUGCAAAGGCGGCUGAUCUCGGGCCUGAGCAUUGAUGGAGAAGCAGUUUACCGACUUAUUCCCCACGUUGAGCUCUUUUGUCUAGCCAAAUGUAUUCUAAACCACCCAUCAAUGACGCAGGACUUACCGCUCAGACUGGCUCGCCUGAGGGCGAACUUCUGGCAUCAGCGGCUGCUUACCGAUAUCUCUUCAUCUUUACAAGAUACAAUUUACGAUGACUUGCAGCUCAUUGGCGACAGCGUGCUCAGUAGCCCCCCUUUCAAUAGUAUCAUUACGCCCGCUCAGUUCUUCCUUGAACGGGCAACAAUCCACAUUUACCACGGUUUUGACCAAAGAGCGAGAGCAGAUAUUGAACAGGCGGCACGGGAAAGAUCUUUCCAUUUUGCAUUGACUGGAAGGUUAGGAAAACGGACAAAGUACCAAGAGAAGGAGUUGAGCCAGCUGGUUGUGCUUGCCACAAGCGUAGAUGAGGAUGAUGAGGCAGCUCGAUCCGGGAAGAGUACGAACGCAGACACCAUUGAAACGGGCCCAAGCUCCUAUCGACGAACAGAAGCAAUACCUCGAAAGCUGAAUUUGAACGAUGACACUCUGUUGGAGUCAAUUGCAUUCACCCAACCCGCAGCAUCCGUCCCAGAUUUCCAGCAAGAUGACCACCUACAUCCAUCGUUAGAGACUUUGGAUCCUGGAAACCAGCCACUCCUACAACCGCUUGACGCUAUCAUUCUCCUUGCUACAGCCUCGUCAAUUACAAAUACUUCACCAACAGACGGCUUGACUCGCGAGGAAACUUUGCCAUACGCCGAGCGGGUCAUUUCGGGAGGUAGCUCGAACUGGCAGGUGUACACUCAAGCCCUGAUAGUCCGAAGCCGCAUCGAAGGCUAUCGAUCACGCACCAUAGAAAGAAGCGUGCUGCAGCUGCAAGCUGUCGUCGACCAAGUGGUUGCGGAAACUUCAUCGUAUAAGGCUUCCAAAGACGAUGCAGCAUCCGCAAUGACAACGUCCACGACGUUCCUACCUCAACCAAAAUCGACCGAAUCAGCAUCUGCCUCCGAACGUCUCCGAUACAUACAUCAGCUCGCUUCUUCUCCACGAUGGAAACUUGAGGCCGAACUUGCAGACCGCUGGGUCUCUCUUGGUGGGCUCCGCACAGCACUAGAGAUCUAUGAGCGUCUCCAAAUGUGGGCUGAAGUUGCUCUGUGCUGGGCAGCGAAUGACCGAGAAGACAAAGCUCGGAAGAUCAUACGGCGCCAGCUAUACAACUCUGUCAUCACCACAUCAACGAACAAGCUCCUCGAAGACGAUGAAGACAAUGAUGUUGGAGACUACAGGAUAGAACGGGAUCCUCUACCAGCAGAUGCUCCACGUCUCUUCUGCAUCCUUGGUGAUCUUGAGAAGUCCACAGCUGCGUACGAGCGUGCUUGGGAGAUAUCGAAUCAGCGGUAUGCUCGUGCGCAGCGCUCAUUGGGUAAAUUCUACUCAGCGAAUAAGGAUCUUGACAAAGCGGGCACAGCUUACGCAAGAUCACUGAAAGUCAAUCCGCAAAAUCAUGCGAUUUGGUUUGCCUUGGGAUGCAUUAGACUCCAACAGGAGGACUGGGCUGGCGCCGUGGACGCUUUCGGACGAGCCGUACAAAUUGAGGAUACCGAUGCAGAGUCUUGGAGUAACCUUGCGGUGGCCCUGUUGAAACUCCCACCUCAUAUAUUACCGGGCGACCCAGAUACUUUUGGUACAAAGCUGGAUAGAACCCACUCCAAUGUUGAACUUAUGCCAGAAGGUUGCAGUAAUGGCUCCAAUGUACCGGCAACGGACCCCCAAAAACACGUAAGGGAGGCUUUUGUCGCGCUCAAGCGUGCCGCAGCUCUCAAGAGGGAGUCCUUCCGAAUAUGGCAGAAUCUACUUAGUGUCUCGAUCAAACUAUCACCACCUCCAUAUACUGAGAUCAUGAUUGCUCAAAAUCGGCUCAUUGAACUACUCGGAAAUAAUGAAGGUGAGAGGUGUGUCGAUGUUGAAAUUGUCGAGGCACUGGUAGCGCACCUCGUCACUGCCUAUCCACGAGCUCCAACAGAUGCGGAGACGACGGAAAUUAACGAUAGGCAGCCCGAAGACGGCGGCACACUCCAGGUGUCAGCGCCUAAAAGGGUGGGAUUUGAACGGAUGGUGAUCGACCUAGUUCAGAAAAGGGUCACGCCUCUUAUUACUUCGUCUCGCCGUCUAUGGCUAGUUACCGCCAAGCUGUCGCUGUACCUGCAGCGUCCAUCCGCAACCUUAUCCGCCUAUGAGAAAGCAUGGCGCGUCACCCUGAAUCAACCUGGAUGGGAAAGUGGUACUGGGGAGGCAAAGGAUGCUUGGAGAGAGGUCGCUGACUCAACGAUUGAUCUAUUGGAUGGAUACGAGAGCCUAGGGGAAAGAAUUAGAGAAGCUGGGAUGGGCGCAGGAGAGUUGGUUGCUAAGGAUUGGAGAUUCAAAUCCAGAAGCGCGGUCAGGUCCGUUCUGGCAAGAGCGAAGGAGGGGUGGGAGGGCGACGACGGGUACGAGACCCUAGGGGAAAGAUUGCAGGAGCUGAAGAGUGCAUGA